CUGGCGCCAGCGCCGAACAUUCUCGGAUCCUCAGCCAGAAGUGCAGAACCGAGUCAGCAUGGCCGAGCGCCGCGUUCCCUUCUCGCUCCUGCGGACCUCUAGCUGGGACCCUUUCCGCGACUGGUACCCGAUCCACAGCCGCCUCUUCGACCAGGCCUUCGGAAUGCCGCGGCUGCCGGAGGAAUGGUCGCAGUUGUUCAGCCACAGCGGCUGGCCGGGCUACGUGCGCCCGCUGACCGCCGCCGGCGAGGGAUCCCGGGCAGUGGCUGCGCCCGUCUACAGCCACGCGCUCAACAGGCAACUCAGCAGCGGCAUCUCGGAGAUCCAGCACACCGCCGACCGCUGGCGCGUGUCCCUGGACGUCAACCACUUCGCCCCCGAGGAGCUGACGGUCAAGACCAAGGAUGGUGUGGUGGAGAUCACCGGCAAGCACGAAGAGAGACAGGAUGAACACGGCUACAUUUCCCGGUGCUUCACUCGAAAAUACACGCUUCCUCCUGGUGUGGACCCCACCCUGGUGUCCUCCUCCCUGUCCCCUGAAGGCACGCUCACUGUGGAGGCCCCCAUGCCCAAACCAGCCAGCCAAUCAGCAGAGAUCACCAUCCCUGUCACCUUCGAGGCCCGCGCCCAGCUUGGGGGCCCGGAAGCUGGGAAGUCUGAGCAGCCUGGAGCCAAGUGAAGGCCUUAGACCUGCCGUCACUGGCCAUCCCUCCCUGUCAGCCUGUAUGCUCUUUUGAUAUAUGUUCCUGCUUUUCUCAAAUAAAGUUCAAAGCAACUGCCUA